CCUCUACAUACUUCCGGCUAGAUGCCGGUACAGACUAACUAGGUAUUCUCAACGAGAAUAAAAUAACAAACGACGCAAUGGGGCAAUGUUCGACGGAAAAAACUGGAUGUUCUUACAUCCUCCGGCAGUACAGUCCGGUUCUUAGGACUCGCGACGCCGAUACUGGUAUCCAAGGCGAUUACCUUUUUUUCGACUUUGAAGGAGAGAUCCCUACGGUGGGGCAACGGCUCCCUAUUAACUAUUAUAGCAGGAAAGGGCCUGGUCGAAUCGCAAUAGAGAAAUCCGACUUGGAGCAUGUUGCUGGCCCGCGCUGUCAAUCAUAUGGAGGGUACCUAGGUCAUCGCAUAUCGGCGGCAGAGAUGCGAGGGUGUCAGACUUUCCAAAGUUUGCUUCCGAAGCCCAAUAGCUACGUGCAGGAUCCCGAUGACCUCGAUAUCGAAGUUCAAAGCAAUUUUAUUUUAUCUGGAGUUACUGAUGGCAUGCCCGAUCCCCAUCCCUCCGGCGUCUCUACCUGGGGAGUGCCCGAACGACACGGAGUGCUGAUCCGAGCGAUUAGCGAUCCAUUCGUCGACUCUUAUGAAGUCUCGAACUCGGCAUUUCCUUUCCAUCCUUGGUGCUUCGGCAUCUAUAUGAAGCUCUCACGACUUCGCCUCGGUCAUGUAGAAUUGGAUCGAUUACCAACUUUUUUCCAAAACAUUAAUCACUACUCUCGCACCUUCUAUGACUGUCCAGACCCGGCCGUCACUCGCGCCCGCAGAUCCCAGUGGUGGUAUCACCCCGGGGCCGAAUGGCUCGCCGUGAAUCCAUACUACGUCCCAAAGCUCCGGGACCUUGUGCAUAAGGCUAUGAACACCGAUCCAUCUUUCGAUCUCCAGACGGGGGUCUUUAAUGCAUUCACUAACUCCGCCCACACUGUAGCCGGCCAACCGGUCGCGUCAGACAUCUUCGCUCGACUUCCGCAGGAGAUCAGAGAUAUGAUCGUGAACCACCUUUACUCACACGAUAUUGCCGCCCUACGACUCGCAUCCCGAGCUUUCUACCAAUUACCAGUCUUUCUAUGGCACCGACUCCUCCGCGAGGAAAUGCCAUGGCUGUGGGAAAUCUGGACGGAUGAGCCGCCGUAUUUCUGGGCCACAGUGACAGCGGAUGACAUCGAAAGAAAUAAACAUGAGAUCCACACACCCGGGAUGCCGCGUCCUAUAAUCGUGUCACAUACCAUCAAUGUGCAGGAGCAUUUGUCCAAGUGGACGAUACCUAAACCGCCCCUCGGACGGACGAAUUGGUACAUGCUCUAUCGGGAUAUUAAGCGCCAUUGGAAUGAAUUGAGGGGGUUAUGGAAUCGGGAGAGAAUCUGGACUUACCAGGAAGAAAUGUUGGUGGAGUUGGAAAAGCAUAUUAGAGAUGGCGCUUGAUAUGUCUAUCCCUGGGCAUGCGCUGCUGUUAUAUAUCCUUACUGUCCUGAAGGCUGGCUGAGGUGUCAUGGAGGUUGGCUCUGUGGCCUUAGUCAGACGGACAACCUGAGCUCUUGGUGUGCUUGAUGGUGACUGAAAUAAAAUCCCCAUCUUAACCUUUAUAAAACUAGGCCAUGUCGCUAAGACUCUCUUCGAGGGGGAUAUACCAUUGGAAAUUCCGUCAAAUGCACGUACCAAUAAGGUCAGCUAUUUCAUGUAAUAUAAUAUAGAGCAUGGGUAUCUGCAUAUCUGACGAAGCUACCAGUUGAAUUUCCAUGUUACAGCCCACGACGCUUGGAUCUCCCCGUACCUGCGGCUAGGUGCUUUCGAUAGAUACCUUAUGCAGGAUAGGCGUGACAUUUCACUCACCCAGCCAUAGAGUUAUUUGGUGUCCUAUAGUAUUAGAUAGUCC